CUCAACACGAGCACACAAACACAAAGAUGGCGUCUACAGGAGACAGUGAUCUGCUCAACUUGAAGAUUUCCAUCGAUGCCGACGAACUGUCGGACAUGGAAGAAGAUGUUCCUGUUGAAGAGGACACAGAGAAGCCGGAGGGAUCAUCUGGAGACGGUCCUGAAGCUCCCCAUGUCGAAAUUAAGCGUUCAUUAGAAGGCAGAGUGUUGCCUAAUCUGGGAGAAAGAAAGUAUGAAAACAAGGCUGGUGACUUCAUUACAGGCAUCGACAUCACUGAUCCGGAAUUUCUGGAGAAGAGACAACAGCGGGCGAAGCGGUUUGGUGUUACCCCACCUGCAGAGGAAGAGGCCUUUGCAAAAAGGUUGGAGUUGCUGAGAGAGGAAUUAAAGGAAGCAUCAGAGGCAGAGUGGGGUAUCCGCCCCGAGGCCCUGCAUGUAGAAGGAGUGGAUGACCUGAACACUCAGCAGGUGUUCGACUACUUCAAGCAGUUUGCUCCUGGCUCCAUAGAGUGGAUCAACGACACCUCAUGCAAUGUGGUAUGGCUGGAUCCUAACACAGCAGCCAGGGCCAUACUGUACUACACAGACUCCAGUAAAAUAGAAGAUUCUACCAGUAAGGACUCUUCAACAGAAGAAACAAAGAAGGAGGAAGAAGUCCCCAAAACUGAAGAGAAAAUGGAGGAGAGUAGUGUUGUCACAGAAGAGGAAGAUGAUGAUGAGUUGAACCUGAUGAGUGAUGAUGAACUAGAGGAGAGAGAGACCAGGGGGAAGGAAACACAGACCAAAUCUACAGAGGAGGACAAGACAGAGGGAGUAAAGGUCAAAACAGAGGACGAACCCAUGGAGGAGCAGACUACAGGGUCUCCCAAAGGGUCAGAGGUCGACAUACCUUCCAAGUUUAACCUGAGAGAGGCCAAGCCUGCCAUUCCAUGUGAAAGAGCUAGGAGGCUCUUCAUCCGAUACGCAACUAAUGACGACAAGAAGGCACGAGGGGCCCAGAGGAAAAGCAAAUUUUACAUGAAGUACGGAAACCCCAACUUUGGUGGCAUGAAGGGAAUAAUCUCAGAAUCAUGGAGGAGACGAUACAAAGAAAAGAAGAGGAAAGCGAUCAUCUCACAGUACCGAAAGCAGAGGUCAGGCGGGAAGUACAACGACCCAGACGGGGGAGACGGAGGUGAGGAGGAGGAGGAAGUGGAGGAGCCUGAGAACGACUGGGAGACCGAGCUGGAGCUGUACAGGCAGGAGCAGGAAAGGAGGCUACUGAAAGAAGCGUUGCAAACUCAGGAAAAACAGAGACCAAGCAGACCACCACAGAAGAAACAGAAGGUGUCGAACGUUCAGGCGUACCCAGGGUCGGAGUCGGAACCUGGGUCAGAAUCUGGCUCGGACAGCGACGGCAUUGACCUGGAGUACGAACUGCAGCAGCUAACUAAACAGGAGUCCAAACGCCCGGCAAGAACCAUGUAUGCAGAUGAAGUAGAACAACGUAUCAAACAACUCAGGCAUUCAGUGAAAGGAGGCAGCCAGCUGGCCGUGCGCGUGCCGUCCUCAGGAGGAGUGAAGUCCCGUCUGGGGAUCAAACCCGACGGCGAGAACAAACCUCGGCUCACUUACACCAUUUCCAACGUCCGCGACCGCCUGGGGGGCAAACAACAACAACAACCCUCGCAGGGAGGUGCAAGCGUGCUGCAGAGACUCGGCAAGGCUGCAUCCAGGGGAGAGAGUAUCUUACACAGACUUGGGCAGAAAAGACCUGCUUCCGACAGCGAAUCAGAAGAGGAAGAAGAAGACGAUGAUGAUGAUGAAGAAGAAGACGAGUAUGACAGAGAUGAAGGCCGUGAUUCCCCCGAGUUAGCCCGCGAUCUGAGAAAGAGGCUGGGAGGAAAGAGAACUGGUGGAAAGUUUGACUUCAAAAACCUCCCCAGCCUCUCCAUAGAGGUGACCAGAGAUGACAGUGAUUGACAGACAGUCCUGUGUUUUUACCAGCUUGGUAAUAAGUGGCGAGGAAGAUGGGGUACCAUUCCUACAGGAAAGACAUUUUGAGGACCAUACCAUACAUUGUUGUAACCCACGGAUAUUUUUCAGUUAGUGACAGCAUGGCAAUGAUGUAGCAACAUGUAGCAAGAAUGAUCAUUGCAGCAGAUAUUGUUUUCCAUUAGUCUAAGACUCUAUGGUUGUUACACCCUUUAUCAAGAUCACUGGAAAAGGAUUUAUGCUUUGCUUUUCCAUCACUGAGAUUUUUAUGUUUCAUUCAGAGCGUAUCUGUAUCUAUGUAUGUUGAUGGUUUUUGUAUCCCAUCUUAUUGUACAUGUAUAUGAGCACAUGUAUUUGGAACCUGAAGUCAACCAUUAGCUAUACUUUUGGCUAUACUUUUUUUUUUUACUUUAUUGAUAUAAUUGGCAAAUUCAGUGUAUCAUUGAAGAGAAUAUCUGAUGUCAUUGCAUUAAUUUGCACAAUUUGCACAAAGUUAGAUUAUAGCAACAUUGCUAUCAUAGAUGUAAUGUUUAGUGUCAGCAUAGAAUGUAGAAUUUGAUAGUCCUUUAAGUUAACAGUUUAGAGUUAGUAAAAUUUUUGGUUAUUUUGUGACAAUGGAUUUUGUAAAUGGAAGAUUACUAGAAGAAAUUGUGAUGAUUAUUCUUGUU